AUCUCAGUACUCACUAAUGGGAAUGGAUUGAAACUUCACACACUUGUUCACUGUCAUGAUCUGACAUGCCCAAAGCAGGUCCCAUAACUUUAUUUUGCUUUUUUACAAAAUUAUGCCCCUUUUUCAACAUAGAAAUUUUUGGUUAAGUUUUUGUAUGUAAGCUGGUAUCUCAGUAUCCACUAAUGGGAAAGGAUUGAAACUUCACACACUAGUUCACUGUCAUGAGCUGAUAAGCACUAUGCAGGUUCCAUAACCCUAUUUUACUUUUUUACUAAAUUAUGCCCCUUUUUCGACUUUCUUAUUCAUUCAAGCGACAAGGCUGUUAAAUAAUCGAGCGUUGCUGUCCUCCGACAGCUCUUGUUUUAUGUGGCUGCUAUAUGAUUAUUUUCUUUCCAGGUUCAAGUUUAUCUACAAAGUUUGUACCUGUCACCACAGUACAAAGUGAAUACAGUAAGCAAUGGUACUGUGACUUCCAUCAGAAUGUGAGGAAAUUCCACACAGCUACUCUGCUAUACAAUGAAGUAAACACAGUGAAAUGUCCACCUUUCGCAGAAUCAAUCACUGAAGGAGAUAUAAGAUGGGAGAAAGCUAUUGGUGACUCGGUACAAGUGGAUGAGGUUAUUGCAGAGGUGGAGACUGACAAGACAUCAAUUCAGAUCCCCAGUCCUGUUGCUGGUAUUAUAGAAUCACUUCUGGUUAAUGAUGGUGACACCGUGGAAGCUGGCAUGCAGCUGUGUACGAUUAAAGCUGGAGCUGCUGGGGAAGCCAAGCGUACCACAUCACAACCGUCUGAGGCCAAGGAAACUCCACCAGCUCCGAAAGAGACCCCACCAGCAACACCGCCACCGGAUGCUGCAGCCUCGGGACCCAUUCCAACAACCCCUCCCCCAGCACAACCACUUCCAACAGGGCCAGUAUCAUCCACCCCAACAUCUGAGGUGAAACCAAAGGCAGCAGCACCACAGAUGCCAGCUGGUGGUGUCUCCACAAGUGGCGGUAGAGGAGAAAGCAGGGUGAAGAUGAAUAGAAUGAGACAGAGAAUAGCUCAGAGACUAAAAGAUGCACAAAACACAUGUGCUAUGUUAACAACAUUUAAUGAAGUAGACAUGAGCAACAUAAUGGAACUGAGAACUAAAUAUAAAGAUGCCUUCUUAAAAACACAUGGUUUAAAACUUGGUUUUAUGUCUGCAUUUAUCAAAGCAUCUGCCUAUGCUCUUCAAGAUCUGCCACAAGUUAACGCUGUAAUUGACGAUACAGAUAUUGUUUACAGAGACUACAUAGAUAUCAGUGUAGCUGUUUCCACGCCAAAAGGAUUAGUUGUGCCUGUGAUACGUAAUGUUGAAGGAAUGAAUUAUGCUGAAAUAGAACAGGCUAUGAAUGCUCUUGGUGAAAAGGCACGAUCAGGAAAUCUUGCAAUAGAAGAUAUGGAUGGCGGGACUUUCACCAUAUCAAACGGUGGAGUAUUUGGCUCUAUGUUUGGUACUCCAAUCAUCAAUCCACCUCAGUCAGCUAUUCUAGGCAUGCAUGCUAUUUUCGACAGACCAGUUUCUGUUAAAGGCAAGGUGGAAAUACGUCCGAUGAUGUAUAUAGCCUUGACCUAUGAUCAUAGACUGAUUGACGGCCGAGAGGCUGUUACCUUCCUUAAGAAAAUCAAGUCAGCAGUAGAGGAUCCUGCCAGUAUGCUGUUACAGCUAUAAUAUAUAAUGUCUCCUAGAAUUUCACAUUUUAAAUGCUUCAAGGAUAAAUGGCUUUUUAGUAUUUUAUAUUAAACUCGUGCGAUUACAGUGUUUCUUGUUAUAAAAAGAAUUUAAAUUAAAAAAAGUCAGUAUCUAUUUAGCAUUUUAUUAUAGAUCUGCAACAUGUGUACUGGAGUAUUUAUUGAAUAUGAUUGCUUACUGAAAAAAGUAAUUCUAAAUAUAAAAUUAACAGGUAUAACUGUUGUAUUUUGUCUUGGUGCAUUAUUCACUAGACAGUACAUUAUAUGUAAAUGACUUGUUUUUUCUUCUUUUUUUUUCAAUUUUUCUUAUCCUCUGAGUCCUCCUGUAAGAAUAUAAAAGACUUAAUCUGAUACAGGUUUAAUAUUGCAGCAGCUAAAGGAACAUUGUAACGACUCAAACUUAAGUAAAAUCUUAAGCAUGAUUAUGAUAUCUUAGGUCAAUAUACUUGAUUAGUAUUUAAAUGACUGCCAGUAUUGUUAGGAAAUACAGCAUUCUUAACUUUACAACAGAAAAUAUACUUUUCAUUUCCUGUGAUAAUAUUUUGUUUUUGUUUCUUUUUGUAUUUCCACAUCAUACUAAUACAGCUCUGUAAGAUACUUGAAUAUUUUAUUGAAAUAAAUCUGAUAUUUUCAGUUUUAAAGCAUUGUUAAUAGUAUUGUAGCUCACCUGAGCACAAUAAAUUGGAUAUUUUGUCCUUUUUUAUAAGCAUUGAUAGUACCAUUUUAUCUCACCAGGGCACAAAGUGCUCAUGAUGAGCAUUUAGGAUCGUCUGAUGUCCAUUCUGCCAUCUUCGGUUUCUUAAAGAACAUUUCCUGGUAAACCACUGUGCCAAUUUCAGCCAAACUUAAUGGGAAUGUUCCUCUUUCAGAUUCCGUCAAAUCUAGGUCAUCUUUGCAAAUUGAUGGUUGCCAUUGCAAUCAGCAGUAAAAACUUCAAAAUUUUAGAAACCGCUGGCCUGAUUUUGCAAUAAUUUCACAGAAAUGGGGCUUUGUUGACCCUCUUUGAAAUUCCUUCAAGAUCCACACACACACAUCUUCACUCAAAAAGUGUGUUUUAGCUUUCAGUUUCUUGUGUUUCUUAAAAGUGUCAGUAUCAGAUAAACCCCAUGACCACUUUAGCACCUAUAGCAACAUCCCCACCCUCUAAAAAAAAAGAAGAAAAAUCAACAAAAAAUGGUUGUCUCUUCAUACUGUCUGAUAGUACCAUGUUAUCAACCCCAUCCCCAGCCCCAAUCAGAAAAAAAAAAUUCCCCACAGACAUUACCCACCUAUAUUAAUAGCUUUAAACAUUCUUUUCAGAAAAAAUAGCCCUGUUUUGAAAUAAUUUUAUAGAUAUUUCCCAUUUGUGACCAUCUGCCAAAACUGUUCAAGCAAGCUUUGAAACUAGAGCCAUCAAAGCCCUACUGGUAUUGAACUUCAUUCGAAUGCAAAAGAAUUCUGAAUAAUCUGAUUUCUUUCCAAAUAGAUUUCUCUGAAGAUAUAGAUGUAUAUAAAUACUUACACAAAGAUAAAAGAUUUACCCUUCACUGUAUUAAAAUGUAAAAGAACUCUAGAAAUCUCACAGAUUAAACAAUUUUACAGUAUAGAUGUCUUAGUAGUGCAAUGCACAGACAUUAUGCAAGUACAAUGGGUGUAAUUUGGUUAAAACUACUUUAGAUACAUGAAAAGAAAUUUUUUUUCAAUGUAAGAUGGAAAUAUCCUCCAGUUGUGAACACCAAUUUUUCACCUGGCUGCGCCACUUGUGAAAAUUCUGCAUCUGGUGUUCACUAAAAGUAUCAAAUAUACUCUGUCUCAUCUCAUCUUUCAUACUUAUCUCUUACAUACAAUCUGCUCCAUAAGUGCGGGUGAUACUGCUGGCAGCAGUUGCUGGUUAAGCACUUCCUAUUGAAUUUAUUGAUUAUAUAAUUUAUAAUUAAAGGUCCAUUUAGCCAUUUUUGAAAAAAUCAUAUUUUGAAUGAUACAUUACAUUCUUGCAGAAAUUGAGCAGCUGCUAAUGGAUUCAUUUACUGUGAAAAAGUUAUUAAUGGGAAAUGAUUUUGUGGUUGAAUUAAAUCCCAACAAAAAAAAACAGAUUUUUUUAUGUUCACAAAUUUGAAUCACCACAAAGUAGCCCAUUCGGCUAAAACAGCUAAAAUUUAAUGCCAACAAAAUGAAAACUUUAAAAGCAAUGUCAAGUUUCAUCAUGUGAACUAAUCCUAUUAAAUUCCCUUAUCUACAGCUUGCUUGUUUGAAGAUUGAGCUAUGUAAUGAUGCCAAGAUGAGGCUCAAAAUAUAUUUAUUAUCUGUAAUAAUGAUGAGAUAAGUCUUGAAAUGUAUUUAUUAUCACUCUUGAUAGGGUUGGUGAAUGUGAUAGAAAUUUUAAAAUAUUUAAAUCCAUGUGAUCUAGUUGUCUUUGUUUAUUGCAUAAAUGUGGUGUUCAUUUCUGUAUUAAAACCAUUUUCUCUGUUUUUGAAUUUUUUUUCUGUUUUAGUUUGAUUUACAAAGAAAAAUACAUCCAUUUUUGGACAGUUGAAGAUUUUAUUUCUGACAGUAUAAUCUAGGUAAAAUGUGCUUUCUUUCUGUUAAAAAGUGACAGUUUGAAAUUGUCAAUCUUUGCUCUUAAAUAAAUAUUAUCAAACUGUUUAAUGUCUAGAUAUUAUAAAUUGCUUUGAAAUUGUUAGAUUUUUAUUGAUUAAGAAAAUGAAAAGUGAAUAUUUCUUCGUUUUAAUUUUUGUUCUAUUUUGAAAAAAAAAUCUCUCCUUUUAUUUUUAACUCACCUGUCACAUAGUGACAAGGUGAGCUUUUGUCAUCGCCCUUCAUCCGUCCGUCCACAGUUUAUUGUGAACACGAUAGAGACCACAUUUUGCAAUCAAUUUUAAUCAAACUUGCACAAAACUUGUAUUGGCAUAAUAUCUUGGUUCAUUUCGAAAACUGCCUAGAUCGCAUCUUGUGUUCCAGUUAUGGCUCCUUAAAGGGCCAAAAUUUGCUAUUUUGGAUUGUGAAGAUGAUAGGAGACCACAUUUUGCAAUCAACUUGCACACAACUUCUAUUGGCAAAAUAUCUCUGUUUCUUUCGAAAACUGGCCAGAUCCCAUCAUGGGUUCCAGAGUCAUGGCCCUUUCAAGUGCCAAAAUUUUCUGUUUUUGCUUUUGCAGACAUAUAGAGACUUCAUUUAUGGUUUGAUUGGAUACAAACUUGCAAAAUAUCUUUAACAACAAUAAAUCUUGGAUCCCAUGAUGAAUCCAUCAGAUCCAGUCAUAGGGGUUCUUGAGUUACAGCUCCUGAAAGAGUCAAAAUUUGUUAACUUUUACAUCGUGAACACAAUAGAAGUGAUAUUUUACAUUCGAUUUAAACCAUACUUACACACAGCUUAAGUCGCAAUAAGAUUUUGGUUCCUUUCAAAAACGGGCUAGAUUCCAUAAUGGGUUCUAUAGUUACUGCCCAAAAUUAUCUAUUUUGGCCCCUUCAGCCUUAUAGAGGUUUCAUUUUUGCUUUGAUUUAAUAUUAACAGAAUGUUUAUCUUGAUGAUAUCUAUGCCAAGCACGGCGAUUUAAAAUCUUUUGUGUUGAUUCGCCAUAAAACCAAACUCUCUCUAUGCCAAGUUCAAGACUGGGUCAUAUGGGGUCAAAAACUAGGUCACCCGGUCAGAUCAAAGGAAAAACUUGUUAACACUCUUGAGGCCGCAUUUAUGACUCUACCUUCAUGAAACUUGGUCAGAAUGUUUAUCUUGAUGUUUUGUAGGCCAAGUUUAACAGGUGAGCGAUAUAGGGUCGUCACCACCCUCUUGUUAUAUUGUUUUGACUGUCUGACCCAGUUUUCAGCUUGACUUUAUGAAAUUGUUCUGCUUGUGUAAAUUGGUUGGUCUGUAAGUCAGUAAACAAUUUUUGUUUCCAGUCAGUACUAUGUUUUUAGCUCACCAGAGCACAAAGUGCUCAAUGAAUGUGAGCUUUUGUGAUCGCCCUGUGUCCGUCGUCGUCCGUCCGCCGUCAACAAUUUGACUGUUAACACUCUAGAGGUCACAAUUUUGGCCCAUUCUUAAUGAAACUUGGUCAGAAUGUUACCCUCAAUCAGGGUUCCCACGCUUCCUGGAAAACUUGAAAAGUCCUUGAAUUUUCAUUUCAUUUUCAAGGCCUUGAAAGUACUUUAAUUUUAAUGAAAGAGCAAAAAAACUGGAAAAAGUCGGGAAUUUUGUUCUUUCUGGACAAAUAUUGCUAACAAUAUUGCCAUUGUACAUAAACAGCAAACAUAUUUAAAUAAAGAAACACCGGCAUUGCUAUCCCUGUUCUUGAAAAAUUCGCGUCUUUAAGAUUGUAAGUAACGACAACUCUUCACAUCAGUUGAGAUUUCAGUAGUGUUACACCUACUUAGUCUAUAAUUAUGGAGUUGUCUUUCUUUGUAAAGCAUCGGUGAUUAAGAUGAAAGAAAAACGUGGCACACUUUGAAAAAUGAUUUCUUUCCUACAAAGAAGAGAAAUUGGCAAAGCUAGUGUAAAAUACGACGUCAAAAGUCUGAAAAUUGGCAGAUAUACACUUACUUAUAUGACAUGAUUGUGUAGAAUGUGCUUUGGUGUGUAGACUUUCUUUGAAAUUUCAUAAAUUGAAUUCUUUAAACUUAUUAGCCCACCAUCAUCAGAUGGUGGGCUAUUCAAAUCACUCUGCGUCCGUGGUCCGACGUCCGUCCUUCCAUCCUUCCAUUAACAAUUUCUCGUUAUCGCAUCUCCUCAGAAACUACCAGGGGGAUUUUGACCAAACUUUGUCAGAAUGAUGUAUUGGUACCCUAGUUGUGUCCCCCUGAAAAUCAGACUGGUUCAACAAUUCUUUAGUGAGUUAUGGCCCUUGUUUAUUUCUAUAAUUUACAUAGAUUUAUAUAGGGAAAAACUUGAAAAUCUUCUUGUCCAAAACCACAGAGCCUAGAGCUUUGAUAUUUGGUAUGAAGCAUCAUCUAGUGGUCCUCUACCAAAAUUGUUUAAAUUAUUUCCCUGGGGUCUAAUAUGGCCCCGCCCGGGGGUCACAUGGUUUAUAUAGACUUAUAUAGGGAAAAACUUUGGAAAACCUCUUAUUCAAAAACACAGGGCCUAGGGCUUUGAUAUUUUGUAUGCAACAUUAUCUAGUGGUCUUCUACUAAGAUUGUUCAAAUUAUUCCCCUAGGGUCAAAUGUGGCCCCGCCCCGGGGGUCACAUUGUUUACAAAGACUUAUAUAGGGAAAAACUUUGAAAAUCUUCUUGUCCAAACCACAAGGCCUAGGGCUUUGGCAUUUGUAAUGUAGCAUCAUCUAGUGGUUCUCUACCAGGUUUGUUCAAAUCAUCCCCUAGGGUCAAUUAUGGCCCCGCCCUGGGGGUCACAUGGUUCAUAUAGACUUAUAUAGGGAAAAGCUUCUAAAAUCUUCUUGUCAAUAACCUACAGCAUUCAAGUUUGGACCACCUGUAUGGUUUCAAGUGGCAAGAUGAACCUUGACAUGAGUUGACCUUGAUUUUGACCUAGUGACCUACUUCCACAUUUCUGUAGCUACAGCCUUCAAAUUUGGACCACGUGCAUAGUUUUGUGCACUGAAAAAAACUUUGACCUUGAUAUUGACCUAGUGACCUACUUUCACAUUUUUGAAGGUACAGGCUUCAAAUUUGGACCACAUGCAUAGUUCUGUGUUCCGAAAUAAAAUUUGACCUUGAUUUUGAUCUAGUGACCUACUUUCACAUUUCUCAAGCUACAGCCUUCAAAUUUGGACCACAUGCAUAGUUUUGUGUUCCGAAAUGAAAUUUGACCUUCAUUUUGACCUAGUGACCUACUUUCACAUUUCUGAAGCUUCAGCCUUCAAAUUUGGACCACAUGCAUAAUUUUGUGUACUGAAAGAAACUUUGACCUUUACAUUGACCUAGUGACCUACUUUCACAUUAUUGAAGGUACAGGCCUCAAAUUUGGACCACAUGCAUAGUUCUGUGUUCCAAAAUAAAAUUUGACCUUGAUUUUGACCUAGUUACCUACUUUCACAUUUCACAAGCUACAGCCAUCAAAUUUGGACCUCUUGCAUAGUUUUGUGUACUGAAAGAAACUUUGACCUUUACAUUGACCUAGUGACCUACUUUCACAUUAUUGAAGGUACAGGCCUCAAAUUUGGACCACAUGCAUAGUUCUGUGUUCCAAAAUAAAAUUUGACCUUAAUAUUGACCUAGUGACCUACUUUCACAUUUCUGUAGGUACAGGCUUCAAAUUUAGACGUACAUGCAUAGGAUUGUGUACCGAAGCAAACUUUGACCUUGACAUUGACCUAGUGACAUACUUUCACAUUUUUGAAUAGACAGGCUUUAAAUUUGGACCACAUGUAUAGAUUUGUAUUCUGAAGUGUAAUUUGACCUUGAUUUUGACCUAGUGACCUACUUUCACAUUUCUAAAGCUACAGCCUUCAAAUUUGGACCACUUGCAUAGUUUUGUGUACCAAAAUAAACUUUGACCUUAAGAUUGACCUUGUGACCUACUUUCAAAUUUAUCAAACUACAGCCUUCAAACUUGAUGCACAUGCAUAGUUUUGUGUACAAAGAACUUUGUCCUUGAAAUUGAUAUAGUGACCUACUUCCACAUUUUUCAAGCUAAGGUUUAGAAUUUUGACCACAUGCACAGUGUUUUGUACUGAAAUGAAAUUUGACCUUGAGCUAGUCAAUAAGUCUUAAAAUUUGGAAUUCUCAAAAAUGGCACAUUGGUGGGCGCCAAGAUCACUCUGUGAUCUCUUGUUUUGAGCAAAUAACUUUUGGUUAUGGUUAAACACUUCCUUGCAAACAAGUUUUUUAGUUGCAGUUUAUUACUUAAAUGUUCUGGGAAUAAGUUAGUUGAAUUAAUAAAAUGGUAAUAAGA